UUGGCCGUUGGCCACGCCCCCAAGGCCAGGCCCGGCUGCCCCCCCCGCCAUGUCGAAGGAGAAGCCCCGGUUUUCCAUCCAGGGUGGCGUGAAAACGGAGAACGAGCCCAUCGACCUGAAAGUUGCCGGGCAGGACGGCUCCGUGGUGCAGUUCAGAAUAAAGCGGCGCACCCCGCUGGGCAAGCUGAUGAAGGCGUACUGCUGCCGAAAGGGCUUGUCACUGAGGCGUGUUAUGUUCCUGUUUGAUGGACAGCCAGUUAAAGGAGACGACACACCUGCACAGCUGGAGAUGGAACACAAAGACACGAUCGAAGUGUACCAGCAGCAGACAGGUGGAGGGUGCUAAGACACAGCAUCUUUUGGAGAACAGUUUGAGGAUCCUCAUCACACCUCACUCUCUUGUCUGUCCCUGGAUUUGCUGUUUUAUUAGGGAACAAAUGAACGUGCCUGUCACACGGGGCUCUUCGAAACUUCAGAGGAUAUUUACAAAAGUUGCUUGUUGUCUUUGACAUUCUGGGUGCAGGAGUCAAAAUAGUAUCUGCAGGGAUUGAGCUGUGUCUAAAUUUAACCAUUUUAAGUUCAGAUUAAGUUAUGUGUGUUGUCUCACUGUUGUUAGCCAUUUUUUUAAUACAUUGUUUGUAUAUUAUUUUUUUUUCUUUGAACUUGUGGCCUAAGCAUUUAUGCAUGUGUUAGGACCCUGAGUGUUCACUCCUAGCUCUAGUUGGUCUUGCCCCUCUGUUUUAACUCAAAUUAUAUAAUGUAUUUUCAUGCCAAGUGUGAGUGCAAAAUUUCCUUUUAAGUUGCACUCGAGAGAAGGAAGAGAGAUACAGGUUUUAAGUUUUCAGCUCGUUACAAAUUCAGUCAGUCCCUUGGGCAACUUGAGUGGGGCUGGAACACAAUAAAGUGUUCAGGAUAGGAUUUAAAUACUUCAGGUUUACAUAUCUUUUUUUUUCGUAUUAUGAUAAAGUUGGCCAAAAUAUACUCUAAUGCAGAAAUGGGAUAUUUUUUUUUUGUCCUGCACUAUUGCAGAACUGGAAGUAGCAGAGCAGCUGGUCCAAAAACUAAAUGCUUGUGAUAGAGUAGCUGUAGUUUUUUGUGGUGCAAGCUUACAAAAAUCCCAUCAUUGAAAUUCCAGGUAUUUGCCGAGGGCUGGGCAGCAUCUGUCCCUUUGCCUUGCUCCCUUAACUUUGACUCUUUCUCUGUGGUCACUGGAAAUCUGUGGCCUCUGGUUUCUUUUUAAUCUUUCUGGUAGAUAAACUUGGUAAAUGAGGGGGGGAAAUGCCUUUUAAUGUCACCGAACUGUGCAGAAGAGCUCGUAAGUGAGGAGAGACAUUUAUGUGUUUUCAAAGUAAUAAUGAUAAAUAGUAAUAAAUGCUGUCCCGCCUCUCCAA